GUUAGCGUAGUAGUCGGACAUUAAAAACGGUGACAACAUGGCUCUGCUCAUGGAAACAAAGUUCAUUUUGAGAAAAGUUAAAGAUUUAAGAUGUUUUACGGCCAAACGGAACAGAGUUAAAGAGAAAUGGGCGGCGACACGUCCGAAGUACCCCCCCACCAGACUGGCCCUGCAGCACAUGGACGCAGUGUACGGGGCCCAGCUGGGGGCGCUGUGGCCGUCGGUGCGGGUGGCUCUGCUCUGUGAGAGGAAGUACGGAGCUCUGGUCAACGCUCACUCGCACCAUGACGUCAUCAGUGAACUGCAGCGUCAGGGCUGUACGGACUUCAUCACCGACACAGCACUGACAGAGUCACAGUGUGAGUCUGUGCGAGCGGAGGGUGGAUCUCAAAGUGACCUGAAGACCUCCUCAGAUGUUUCUCCUAGACUCACCACAAACAUCAAGUGCUUUGUGUUUCCUCGAGGAGACAUCAGCAGAUUCAAACCUUCGCGGCCUGACUCUACCGGGUUGCUAGGAUACUAUCUGAUGGACGCAGCCUCGAUCCUGCCCUGCCUGGCUCUGGACGUCCAGGAGGGGCACAGUGUUCUGGAUCUGUGCGCGGCCCCUGGAGGGAAGGCACUGGCCCUCAUGCAAACGUAUGAACUAGGUUUUGUGUGUUUGAAUGACUCUUCAAUUUCUCGGACGACGCGCCUCCGGAGGGUCCUGCAGAGUUACAUCCCCAAAUCUCUGCUCUCAGACCACAGACUGAGAAUCAGCAACUUUGAUGGCACCAUGUUUGGGCAGAUCGAGAGGGACACCUUUGACAGAGUGCUGGUGGACGUCCCAUGUACCACAGACAGACUCUCGGUCACAGAGGAAGACAACAACAUCUUCAGCAAGAGCCGCACUGGAGAGAGGAAGAGGCUGCCACAGCUCCAGACUGAGCUCCUGCUGGCGGGGCUGGAGGUGGUCUGUCCCGGGGGGGAGGUGUUGUACUCCACAUGUACACUGUCCCAGCAGCAGAACCAGGCCGUGGUGGAGCAGGCAGUACAGCUGGCCCUGGAACGGCACGGUAUCCAGGUCCAGCCGGUGAGUCUGAAGCCGUUCGCGCGCAGCUUCACAAACACGUUCCACUUUGCUCCGGAGCUGUCGGUGGGUGAGCUGGUUCUGCCUCAUUUAGCUGCCAACUUCGGGCCUAUUUACAUGUGCAAGCUCAGGAGGCUCACGUAGACCCCCAACCCCACCACGCUGGACACUGGACUCUGUUAUGGACAAUGGUGGACACUGUUUGAAACAAGUGAAAAGGACAAUGAAUAGAAAAAACACAAGGAACCUUCGGAAAGAUUACAACCUGAUAAUGAUGUUAGAGUGUGUAAUUGUGCACAGAGGUUUAUUACACUGUUUUCUGAUCUAUCAAAACCUGUCCAGGAACUCGUUUGUCAUUUGGUUCAUUUCAGCUCUGGAAUUCCCAAUGCUUUAAAACUAAUGCUUCAUGACAUCACAAGGUGGAACAGAGUAUUUUGAGCUUUAGAGAUGUAGACAGGGAGUUACUCACACAUGUGUAAAUGAAAUAAACACAACUGCAGGUCUGUUUUUGAUGACCAGCUCACAAGAGUCAGUCCUGGUCAAUAUAAGAAUGAUGGUCUUCUGUCUCAUAAAGGAAUAAACAGUUUGUGAACACA